AUGCACAAUGGAGGAAAUAUUAGCCUGGAUCUUCAUCAUACGGAUUGCUGUUAUAUUUUUUUAGUGACGAUAAGGGAGGUGCUCGAUAUGAAAACUAAAAAGCGUAAAGCUUCUAAGAAGACAAAAAGAUCAUGGAGGAAAUAUAUUGAUAUCAAAGAUGUAGAUACAUUUCUUGAUAACAAUAGAUUAGAGGAACGAUUGGGUACUCCUUUUUCUGAGCGUAUAGAUACUCAAUUAUUUACCAUUGACAAAACUGCUGAUGUGACUGAAAAUGUAAUUUCCAAACGUGCUGCCAGAUUAGCAUUGAAAAAUAAAGAACCAAAAUGUUUUGCUUCUUUGAAGUCGCAUACAUGUGUCCCCGAUCCAAUUUCUAAAAGAAACCAAAUAAGAACUAAAGAAGAACGUAUGAAUUCUACAUUACGUCAACACGAAGUAGAAAGGAAAAUAAAGGAUAUUCUUAAAUUAAAAGAGAAGGAAGCACUGAAGAAUAGAAUACUGGCAAAGGUUGCUUCAACAAAUCCUGACAGCAAAGAGAUUGAAGGAGAUGUAUGGAAUAGCACAAAUGUCUUAAUUCCAGAAACAAUCACUGAAUGGAUGUCUCCAAACAGCAUUAGGCAUACGCUGAAGCAUUUAGGAAUUAAAAAAAGAAAAUUACCCUUAUUGUGUAAAAAGUCAUCUGUUUUACCUGCAGUAGAGAUUCCACAUCCAGGUACAUCUUAUAAUCCGUCAUAUAAUGAUCACCAGAAAUUAUUGCACAAUAUUGGGCAGAAAGAAUUGGAGCUUAUGAAGCAAGAUGAACAUUUGAACAGGGUCACAACGCAAAUGUUUGACAAAAUUUCAUUGCAGAAAAGAGAUGAAAAUAUAAUGAAAGAAAUGUUAGAAGGUUUGCCAGAGAAUCAAACCGCAUUAAGUUUUAAGUCCGUUGAGGAGGAUCAUGAAGAAGAAAAUUCAUCUACCAUAAUAGCAAAUGAUAAGUCUAAAAAAAAUAUUAAAAAGACACGUGUUCAAAAAAGAAAACAACGAGAACAAAAACAAGCAAUUAAUAAACGUGCAUUGAUGAAAAUCGAGAAAAAAAAAAUUUCUGAUAUCUAUAAAUUAAAGACUCUGCAAAAACAGAUAGAAGCCAAGGAGAGAAAGCAAGAAAUCUUGCGACAAAAGCGAAUGAAGAAACACGAGAGGGAAUCUCUUAUGCCAAAAACUCUGAGUAAGACAAAGUUUGAACCCAUUGAUCCUGAUUUCCAGCUUGCAGAAGAAUUGACUGGCAAUUUGAGAAAUUUAAAACCUUCUAACAAUUUAUUAAAAGAACGGUACAAAUCACUUCAACAGAGAAACAUUAUUGCACCAGCCGUUAUAAAAUUGUAA